ACGUCUUUCUCGCAAUGUAAUCAUCGUAGCUUUCUUGUGCUCUUUUUCAAAACAUUGUCGUUUUUUAAAAUAGAGGUAUGUGACGGUACAUGUUUUAGUGCAUAAUCAAUCAAAGAGCAUUAAUCUAAACGAGAGUAAUUUCUUCUGUAAAACAAAUGCGAUUAUACGAUAUGUUCACAUACCUCAAGAUUGCUUUCAUACACAAGAACACCUACAUAACGCGAAAAACGACUCUAAACUAGAAUCUUUAUCUUCGAUAACUUUAGGCGCAUCUGCAAUUUAUUGAUUAUUCCUAAUGGAUAAUAUAACUCAUAAUGAAGUUGCAAUACAAGAACAAAAAAAAUUCAACCUCAGAGCCGAAAUGGAAGAAAACCGAAGAAAUUACGCAGAAAUUGAAAGUCGUUUGAAAGAAUUGCAAUCUGCUGUGGACGCACAAUCUGAUUCAACUAAACUGGGACCUGCGAUUGAACUUUUUAACAAUGGAAAAUUCGUCGAGUGUUUUUCUUUUCUCAUAGAACUUGGAACUGUUACUGAUGACUCGAAUAAUUAUGAAAAGUCGCAGUUUCUGAGGGAGCAAUCGCCAAAAUUGAAUAUUGAAAAAUUCCACAAAUAUUUAUUCAAGCCUGAAAAUGAAAGAGUGCUGAAAAUUUUCAUCUGGAGUAUCAACAUAACAGGACUUAACUUGUUAGAAUCUGUUCGACAGUGUUUCGAAGCAUUGCGAUUCACAGAAGCGGAAGCUGGCGUCAUAUCUUUUAUCUAUAAAUGCAUUUCGGAGAGUUACUUCCGGCAAAACAAGGAAGAAGCAGAAAAGAAUUUUGGGACAGAAGAUGUUUGUGAGUUCGCGGCUGGAGCUGUAGUCUUCAUCAACACCUCUUUGAACAACUCAAGUGUGAAGGCAAAAGACAGAAUGACCGAAGACCAAUUUGCAAAUUUCGGACAAUGCGACGAAGUAAAGCAAUGGCACCAAGCUGGUAUUCAGAGAGACUACAUGGUUAAACUGUACCGCGAAAUCAAAGAGAAUCCACUCCGGUUCAACUGCAAACGCGACCAGGACGCUUCGACAGGCACCGAGGCAAAGGUGAUCAAGAGUGGAUUCCUGGAAAAGCAAGGCGGAGAGCGAAAAUCCUGGACCAAAAGAUACUUCGUGUUGCAUUCUGAUAUUCUCUAUUAUUAUACGGACGAUACCGCAACGAGUCCAAAAGGGAUCAUUAUUUUGCAGAACCUUGAAGUCAGCAAAGUGGAUCUUAGCAAGAAGAAGUUCUGCUUCCAGUUGGCCAGUGUAGAUGGGUCCAUUAUCACUGCUUCAAAGGCCAACUCAAACGGCCCUCAAGUACCCGCAAUGCACUCGAGGUACAUAAUGAAUGCGGCAAGCGAGGAACUGAGAGACAGUUGGGUGUCUGCGAUUCACUCUACUCUAAAAAUGGACAUGAUGCAUGCAUUCCAAUCAUGGAGGCAACAAGAUGAUGAAAGAGACGGCCAUAACAGAGGCAGAUACGGCAGAAGAAAGUCAACUGACAGUGCUAUUUCAAUACACGCCAGACCGAGAACACCAGUGGGACCACGAAAAAGAAAAGGAUCACUCAGCCUUAUCCGAAAACCAACAUGUAACAUCGAAAUGUAACUUAUUUAAAAUAAAGAUAACGCUAAUUUGUAAACUUUAAACCAACGAAACAUAGCCAACUGACAGCUGAAAAAAAGUAAUGAACGCAAGAAAAAUAAAAAAAAUACUGACUUGUUUUUUCAAAAACCAGCAACUUUUGAAUUUCGAAGAAAAAAAUAGAUGGCUUUAAAGCUCCUUGAAUUUGUCGAACAAUUUAUCAUGGAUACUUUUUUAGCUAAAAUUAACCCAAUUUCAGAACACUGGAUCAGUUGGUAAAACUUAAAUUUCGCUGGAAAAUCUGAUAAUUAAUUUCCUUUUUCAAAAUUAGAUGUCAAUCACGUUUUUCGUGACCUUUAAAUUUUGCUGUUCGAUAGUGAAGUUUGCCUUCCUUUGAACAAAGGAGAUGAACUGAACUUGAAGAGAAAUCACAAGUCAAACCCCGAAAAAUCAAAAUCGAGUUGAACAAACUUUAUGGCUUUUUCUUUAAAAAAAUCAUCAAGACCUGUAUAAGAGUACUCACUACGUUCAUUACUCUUAAUCAACCAAUUGCAGAUACCUUUUCAAAGUGUAGUAAAUUGUAAAUAAUUCACAUAGUUUUUAGUACCGUUGAAAAAAAAAACAAUUGAAAAAUUGACCCCAA